GUCUUUAUGAUGUAGGCUUCUUCAAGGAUUUUUCAAUAAGUUGCUAUAUAUAUUACUGUAAAAGGAAUGAGAUUGAAAACUAUCACGAGAUACUGUGCUUGAAAUAUGAAAAGGGUAAAAUGAAAUACCCUUUCUAGAGGUGUCUUUUUCUUAAUUUUCUACUUUUCUUUGUGUCAGAAAUUGUGUUGCAAUUAAAGUUUACUGUUCAAGUAAUAACUCAACCGAGAAGAAAGAACAUGGCAUAUUUUAUACGUGUUAAAAAUUAAAAAGAGGCACACCCUUCACACACCUAUGACACUCCUUCCCUUCUGUGGAAUGUUCAUUUCACGAUAAAUUUGUCGCAAUUAUAGCGACUAAUUAAAAAUCCUCGGAAUUUUGCCACGAGUUGUGAAAUACAUAAACAAAGUUUUUGCUGCAAAUUUUUUGAAAAAUGGCAGGAAAAUUUGAAAGUAUUGAGAAAUGUUUGGAGAAAAAUCUCCCAGAAGAUGAAUUGAAGGAAGUCAAACGUAUUUUGUACGGGAAACCCUGCAGGUUAGGCGUUAGCCUUCAUUUUAUAAAAUGUACAUUUAAUAUGUUGAUCAGGAUUCGUUAAUGAGUUGUGCAUGGUUACGGAAUUUAAAUAGGAUUUGCCAGAUUUUCAAAAAUUUUAUAUCGAAAUUGUGUGUCCAAUUUCUUGGUUGCAUAAUGGAAACUUUCCAGACUGGCUUGUACAUUGUCAUACCAUAUAAUCUUGUACCAUAGUUUAUUAAAUUAUUAAUAAUGGUAUUAUACCAUAUAACAUAGUUUACCAUGUCAUGUGGUACCCAGAAUGCAAAGUUUGGAAAUUGCACGCGGAAGAUUUCGAAAAUUUAAUAGUAAAUAUAUAGAAAGCAUAAAAAAUGCACGUGGAAGAUCUUCCGCCCGCGGUGGAGAAAAUGCAGUCUGGUGUGGUACCAUACAGUAUUAUACCAUUCUACACCAUUAUAUACAAUAUACAGUGGAACACCAUAUUAAUGGAUGGCCACCCCAUUAAUAUGGUCACCUUCUUAUUACAGCCACUUAUUUUUGUCCUCAAAAAAUGUCAUGACAAUACAUUUUCUUAUCAAGAACCCCUUAAUUUAAUAUGACCACAUUUUUUUGGCCCGUCCUUGGCCAUAUUAAUGGAAUACACUGUAGUACCAUGCAAUGUAUUGUAAACCAUCCCAUACUUACCAUACCAUACCAUAUACCAUACCAAAACCUACCAUACCAUACCAAUUUACAAAACCACAUUUAAAGUAUUGUGCCAUGCCCCUCACAGACUUAAAAAUAGUUGAAACAAGCAUAUUGUUCAAUUAUUCUGUUCAAAGCAUACUAGAAUUUUCACAAGACAUUACAGAGGAGUCAAAUGCCAAGAAAGUUGAGUUGGCGGGUUAUAAAAUUCACGCAGGUCCGGAACAGCUACGUAAACCAAGGACUGUCAGGAUUGGUGCUGUUCAGCACAAGAUUGUUCUGUCAACUACAGCCCCUGUAGCUGAACAGGUAAAUGGUGUGGUAAACACUACUCAAACAUUAUCCUGUCAGAUUUUCAGAUCUUGCUCUGGGGGGGGGGGGGUGCUAAAAACUAGGUGGGGAAUGAACGAGGGGAUGUGUGGCACUUCCGAGCAAGUUGUCGCAGAGGUUUGGAGGAAGAGUUGCUAGUGGGGACAGAUGGACAGUGUUGGGAGUAAGAGGGCAAUGAAUAAACUUUUGAGAUUUUUGAUCUUGUUUACUUCAAAAUUCUUGUUUUUUAGUCUUAUUUAUUUACUAGUUAAUUAAAAAUCUUUAUUUCAGUCAUACUACUGUUGUUUAAUCCAACAAGCAUUUAAAUUUCUGUGGGGAGGGGGGCAGAAGUUGAGGGUGGUGAUGCAACUUUCUCCAGGUGGGUAUUAAAACUUUCUGAGUGGGUGCAAAAUAUUUAGGGGUGGAUACCCCCUGCACCCCUUUUGACUUUGGCAUGGUCUUCAUCAGGAGGCUAAGCAACACUUUCUUCAUAGAAUGCUACAAGUACAAAUACUCCAAUGUUUUCAGAACUAUACCUCUGAUCAAUUAUAACCAUACAUAAGUACUGUUAAAAAAUUUUACUUUAUAUUAUUUGGUAUUAUUAAUUUUUACUUUAUAUAUUGGUAUUAUUAAUAGUUGGAAGCAAUUCAUUCAAGGAUUGGAGAAAUUGUUAAGAUUGCCAGUCAAUGUGGUGUGAAUGUCAUCUGUUUUCAGGAAGCAUGGAGUAAGUCAAAGUUGGAGUUUUAAACAGGUGAUUCGAUCCAGCUAUAGACUAAAUUUUGAUCAAGGCAAGAAGAACGAAAUCCAACACCACAGCUAGAAAGAGCAUGUUAAAAUGAGUAAAAUUGCAAAGAUUGGUUGCUAAAUGUUGUAAAGUGAAGAAAAUAUAGCGCUGUGAAGGUCGAAAAUUUUGUAUAAAUUUGUAUUACACGCGAUAAAAAUAACCACUUUCGGCUCAAAAAUGGUUAUUUUUCCCACGCGUAAUGCAAAUAUAUACCAAAUUUGUGAACUUCACAGGACUAUAUUUUCUUCAUUUUACAACAUUUUGCAACCAAACUUUGCUUGCAAUUUUAAUCAUUUUAAGAUGCUAAUGUUCCAGCUGUGGUAAUGUUUCGUUCUUGUCUAGAUUAAAAUUUUGUCUUAUUAGCUCGAAUCCAUCCAUUGAAACUGACAAACAGGAGUUUUGUAUUUCAUUCUAUUUCAUUGGAUAUUGUUGUAAAGUUGCAUACUGUGUUCGGUUUUGGGUGUGGCUCACAGUUCAUCUCUAGUUUAUCUCUAAUUUCAGACAUGCCAUUUUGCUUCUGCACAAGAGAGAAAUAUCCCUGGGUUGAGUUUGCACAAUCAGCUGAAGAUGGCCCAACUACGAAGAUUUGUCAACAGGUACUAGGCCAAAAAAGGAAUACCUGGUUUUCCUAUUUUUUGUUGCAAAAACCUAGGUUAUUAGAGUAGGUUGGGUUUUCUUUUUUUUGUUAUUCUUUUCUAUAAAUGCUCAUGCAUGAGUGUGAUAUUCUACGUACAGUACGUCAAUUACGGCAGCACAGAAUAGUACAAAUAUUUGUUAAAUAUCAUAUCAACUUUGAAACAAACUUUAUAUAUAGAUACAAAACCAACAACACAAACUGGGUAUGAAAAAUUGCUCCAAACUCUUUGCAAACUAAUUAGAUGAAAAGAUUAGGUUUGUGAUUUCAGUAGCCAAAAGCUAGAUGGGGGUCGGGAAACCCGUUUUUUUUUUGGGGGGGGGGGGGGAGCAGCUAACUGUUUAUAGUGAUCGAGUCUGCCAAUUUGAAAAAUGUUACAAUUAAAACAGAUAUAUUCCUGUUAAUUAUUGUGUGACUCAAAAAUUAUGUCGGGAAAACAUUAAAUAAAUUGAAUAGUUAAUCUGUGAUCAUGACAAUCAAUCAAAUAGUGAAGUUGCUAAUAAUUUAUGUACUGGUUGUAUUUGUUGAUUUCAGUGGGCAAAACAAUACAACAUGGUGAUUGUAUCAUCAAUUUUGGAACGAGAAGAAAGUCAUAGAGAUGUCUUGUGGAAUACUUCAGGUUUCAUAUAAUUACAUUUCUAAUCAUUUCAACACACAUAUCUUACUAAAUUGGUAGCUGUGAUAAUUAGUGGUAAGCGUUAACAAAUUCUUCUCUAGUUGUGAUAUCGAAUACUGGCAAUGUAAUUGGCAAAACAAGAAAAAAUCACAUCCCCAGAGUUGGAGAUUUUAAUGAGGUAACAUAACAAAUUUCGUGCCAUUACACAAAAUUUGGUGUUUUGGACAUAUUGUCUAAAAUGUAGAAAAAUUGUCUUUUAACAGUCAACCUACUAUAUGGAAGGAAACCUUGGCCAUCCUGUAUUUGAAACGCAAUUUGGUGAGUUAAAACUUAAAUACAAUGACAUUUUCAUCAUGGACGUCGGAACGAUGUGAAGGCAAUUAGGGGGGCAGAUUUUCGUGAAAGGGCACUAUUUAAUUGAUAUUUUCUAAGAGAUGUUUGCAAAACAUCGGGAGUUCAACUUCGCCUAAUCAUGUUUUCUAUUUAUUGGAUGAUAGGGGUGUGAGGGGGUUCUCCGCCAGGCAAUUGUGCUAUUCUUGAAGCUCGAUGACUGCAUUUCUUGCGUUUUCUGAAGCAAAUUCGUAAAAGAAUUGCACUAACAUUUCUGACAAUUCGCUAAUUGCACUGACAAUUUCUGACAAUUCGCUAUUUCGCCAAGGCAAUCCUUUAAAUUGAAAGGGCACCUCUGCCCCCCUUGCCCCUCCUGGUAAAGGGCAACGGGGGCGGCUGCCGGGCUCCCCCCAGUUCCGGCGUCCCUGAUUAUCAUAUCAGAAAUAAAAUGAAAUCAUUAGCACAGUAACCUUAAAUUUACUCUUGACAAAAAACAAAUUCUUAGGUCGCAUCGGAAUAAACAUAUGUUAUGGUCGUCAUCACCCGUUAAAUUGGUAUAUGUUGGGAGUGAACCAAGCCGAGAUUGUUUUUAAUCCUUCUGCAACUGUUGGGGAUCUCAGGUUAGUACAACAGUGAGCGGUCAUUUUCAACCACAUUAGCUAGGCCAAAUAAAAAAAACUUAGCGUCACACUCUCACAAAUUUUCAGAGGCGGGCGGUGAUGCUAACCAAGUUUUUUUUUAUUUGGCCUUAAGUGUAAACCUGGAUGAAUAUUUCGACUUGUAUGCAACAGGGUACAAAACACAAAUUGUAGAAAUAGUUUUGGUGGGACUUAAUAUUUACACUCUUUUGAUAAUUACGUUACAACUACACUGUUUUCAACUUAGGACCACCUUAAAUGGAAAGGAUUUCAAGUUUUUUUCUCAUGGGCUAUGCACAGAGAAGCAGAACAUCCUUCUUCAACACAUGCAUGAAAAAAAAUUCUUUAUUUUGACCAAUAAAUGUGUAAAUAAGUUUUAACACGAAAACGAGGCUCCAGGUCAUGAUCUAUCUUCCUUAAUUUAUUUACAACAAAAAUAUUUCGAAGACGUGAUAUUAGUUGGAAUAAAAACAGUUAUUUCAUUCUACUCAGGCGAGCAAACCGAGCUCAUAGAUGAACAGGCCCUAAAGCUACGUUUACACGCUGCGAGUUGUCGGGCCGAUUUUGGUAAAUAAUCGAUGCCCCUUCUUCGACAUUUAGCGAUUUAAACGUUCAAUUGAAGCUGUCCGCUCUCUCGUCUGUUCAUAUUAUAGUUUUCUGCGUGCAAAAAGUUUUCAACAACUUUACAACGGAAGAAAAAUCGUUGAAUCGUGAGAAAAAUCUGUGUUAGUGUUACAGAUUUUUCUCCCGUUUUUAUAAGCACGCCCAUAUAUGUAUACUGCAAACAGGGGCCGCGGAACCGGGGGGGCAAUGGGGGCAUGUGCCCCCCCACUUUUCUUAAAAGUGAAAAAAGUGCCCUUUUUUCUGGGCUAAAAUGCCCCAUUUAAAAAACGAAAAAAAGUAUUUCUUGAAUAAACGCCCUCUUUUUCUGGAAAGAAAAUGCCCUUUUCGCAGUAGUAAAGACUCUGUAAAGGCCAUUUCCGACGUUAGAGAGACUCCAUAUUUUCAAAAAUUUUCGUUCGGCUCGUGAACGUCAUAAAAUCGUUUGAUUCUGGUCAUAUACAAAAGUGCCCCUUUCGGUCAAUGCCCCUCCACUUUCGAGAUGCUUCUGCGGCCUCUGACUGCAAAUCAAGCUAAUGUAUCAAUUAUUAAUAUCUAAUUGCUACACUAGCAAAAUGUUAAUCUUUGAUGUAUUUUUCAGUGAACCGAUGUGGCCAAUUGAAGCUCGUUGUGCCGCCAUCGCAAACAACUACUUCGUCGUUGGGAUCAACAGAGUUGGGACGGUUAGUCGAAUAACGACAAAGAAAGAGUGUUUUAAGAAUUUAAGGCAACGUUUAAGCCGGUUUUCCAUUUCAACCGUAUCGUACCAAAACGUAGCGCAUUUCUUUGUUUCCUGAGCGUAAGAGUGGAACUAAUGAAUGAAUGAAUGAAUGAACAACUUUAUUUAAAGAGGGUAAAAACACAUGACAGCAGGCCUUAAAAUAUAUUUUCCAGGGCCGUCUGACAAAAUGUCCGGUGACGUUGAGUUUGGGUAGGACAUAUGUCCGAUGACCUUCAGUUCAGUUUUGACUCGGAAAUAAGUCUGAAUGACACAAAUGAAUAAACGGUAAAUGUUGUAAAGAUAUUAAAUAAUUUGUUUCUUUCAUACUUAUUUCCAAGCCAAAAUUAACUUGCUUGCCAGAACAGCAGUAUUAAAAAAGACUUCGACAACUUAAGCCCGUUUUCCACUUCACUUGCUCGCCGCCACGCGCUCGACUACUUUAAAACAACAUUUCCAGUUCACCUUUUAUACAAUAGUACUCUGAUUUUCCAUUUAACAUACAAGCCUUAGUCCUGGACUAGGGUACAUUUUGAUUUACGUCGGACAAAGCUACAGUUCGGUCGGACACCAAUACACUCGGGUCGGACAAACAAUAAACCUCAGUUUCAUUUUGGUCGGACAGAAUGUCCGGUGGUUUCCUCUCUACGUCGGACAAUUUCACGAAUGGGUCGGACAAUGUCCGUGACCGACCGAUAUUUUAAGGCCUGGACAGCAAAAGUAAAAUUGAAUGACUUCGACACAAAAGAAAAUGCUACGUUACGUUACGAUACGCUUGAAGUGGAACACAGGCUUUACACUAUACCGGAUAUAGCUUUCCGUAGCGACGUGAAAAAACAUCUAUCCGUACCUUUUAGGAACGCUGUUUUUGGAGGAAUUAUUGCAACGGAGAGAUUUUGUUUCGCUAAGCUUCUGAAAGUUGUACAUUCCGUAUCGGAUAGAUGCUUUUUCCCGCCGCUACAGAAAGCUCUCCGGUAUAUGGUGUACUAUAGUCUAUAGACGUACUAAAAAAGAGUUUUUUUAAUGCAGGAAACUUUUGAGAAUGAAUUUACAUCUGGGGAUGGGAAACCGGGUAAGUCUGUUAGUAUUAGAAUGUUAAGGUUUGUAAUCCAAGUGAGAAUAUAUACAUUUUAAGACCUAACCAGGAACGACUGCGAAAAAUGCAGCACAAGGUCCUCUGGUAGGAAUUGAAUAGAACGCUGCAUGCACCGGAAUCGCAGGGCCGUAGGUUCAAUUCCUACCAGAGGACCUUGUGCUACAUUUUUCGCAGUCGUUCCUGGUUAGGUCUUAAAAUGUAUAUAUUCUCACUUGGAUUACAAACCUUAACAUUCUAAUAUUAAUUCCACCAAAUGAAGUGCAAGAAUCUAAGUCUGUUAGUGUUAAGGUGUAUACGUAAUAACGGUAAACUCGCUCUGCCCAGAUCAAGGAUUAAGUUUCUCAAAAGACAUUUCUCUUAAUAUAGAGCGGCAAAAGGGUGGGAAAAAUUACCGAGCGAAAUAACUGACAUUUUUUAUAACCUGUCCAUAUCUAAUUCAAACGGCGGUUAUGACAAUACCUUUUUCAUAAAAUCAGUAAAUAUUUUUUUAUUUCUUUUUCAGCACACAAUGAUUUUGGACAUUUUUAUGGUAAGUGGACCAAUACAUGUAUAUACUAAAACAGCAAUACCAACGCAUAUAAUUACUGUAAACUGUUGAGUUUGACUCUUCUUGAGUCAGUGACGUGUUCUAUAUUAAUCAUUCUCAUUUUCUGGAAAGGUUCAAGUUAUGUUGCGGCGCCAGAUGCGUCUAGGACACCAGUAAGUUUUUCUCGUAAUUUUCUCGGAUAAUUCUCGUAAUCUUGUAUGAAUCAAGGUGGCAACUUCUUUCAAAUGUAGACAUGUAUACAUGUAAAAACGCACAAGUUGUAACAAACCUGCAGCAAAGUUGUAUAGCAAUGCUGUUCCAACAACUUGUCAACAGGAUGUGUUCGCACUGCUUGUUCCCAGCUUGUUGACAACUUGCUACAAGGUUGUUGAGCUCAACAGACUUGUUACAAGUUAUUCCAACAACUUGUUAUCGUCCUGCAAUUCAACGAUUUGUCAACAAGUUGUGAGCGACAACUUUGUAGCAACUUGAUAAAAUAACAACAUUGUUACAACUUGUUGACAAGCUUGCUACAAGCCGGUUGCGAACACAUCUUGUUGACAAGUUCUGAGAUUUUUACGUGUGCUGUUUACUUAAAACAUAAUGUUUGUUAUAGGGUCUGUCGCGAUUAUCUGAUGGUCUGUUAGUCACUGAGGUUGAUCUCAAUUUAUGUCGUCAGGUUAAAGACAAGUGGGGAUUUCAGGUAAAACUCCUCUGCCUGAUGAGUGAUGGCGAUAUUUUACCAUGGAUUAUUAAUGUCAGGUCUUAAAGUGUAUAUAUACUCACUUGGAUUUCAAACCCUAAAAACAGCAUUCCUUUACUAUAAUACAAUUUCUAAAAUAAUGAGAUUAAUAAAUCACGCAAAUUCGUUUGUGGCCAAAGUUGGGUGACGGAAAGGUGGCGGUUUUAUGGAGGUAAGGGCCCCCAGAAAAGCUGGAGAUACAACAUCAGGGUGAGAGUAAGGGCCCUCGCCGUUAUGGACAUUGAAUCCCAUGUCCCAGGCUUUCCCAAAUCCCAAGAGAUGCGAAGAUCAGAACGAAGCCAAAGGUGUCGAUAACUGACGCGGAAUGUCUGCUUAGCAAAACGGGAUUAUAUUGGCAUUGGCAUGCACUUGACAGAUUUUGACAGAUGUUAGUGAAAGCGAAGUGGUUUUCUUCUUUGGCACUUUGUUUAUCAUUUCCGUUUAGGUUACGUAGUUUUAGGUACGAAUGUUGCGUCUUGUUAAUUUCCUAAUUCAUUUUUGAAAUAAAUUGUUCCAUAAUGGUUCUCAUAGUCGUAGGGUGGCAAUGUUGUUUAAAAAGCUGUAUGAUUUCUUUUUCAGGCUACAUCUCGCCUGGAUAUGUACGCAGAAGAAUUAUCAAAUGCAGUGAAACCCGACUACAAACCACAUGUCAUUCGCGAGGGGGAUAAAAAUCAAGGACAAUAAAGCCAGACUGGACAGUGUAUUUUACCAAAUAUUGACUAAUUAAAUUGUUCACACUCCACAAAAACAUCUAUAUCAAAUAAAUAUAAAAAUAUAUAAUCACUUUCAAUAAUCCAUUGGAAAGGAAGAAUUUAGAACAAGGUGUAACAGUAGACAAUAUUUGAGGCGACUUGACAUGAAUUUAGUCUUCAAAGUUCAAAGGGACAGGGGGGGCAGUUGAAUGUUUGCCCAAUUUUUUUAUGGAAGAUUGUAAUGAACUAACCUGAAUUUAACAUAUUUUUUUAUAAAUCUGCCUCAAUUUUCUUGAUAUUUCCCAGCAUUUGUGCAAAUUGCCAUGGUUUUGUGAAGUUUUUUUUUGUUUGUUUUUUUUUUGGGGGGGGGGGGGCAGUUGCCCAUAUAGGGAUUUGAGUUUCUUGGAUUGAGGUAUGAAUAUCGUAAGCACAUAUUCACAAAAAAUAUUGUCACAUUACGCAUCCUAUAAAAUUUACAAUCUGUAAUUGACAAGCUGGGUACUGAGUAUAUUACAGGUGUUGUUUGUGUAUGUUGCAGAUUAUUGUUUGUGUGGUUUGGUAUUAUAAGCAAUCAAGCAUGCACAAUUAUGUCAAUUUACAUAAUAUCAAACACAUUUUGUAAAAACUUAUAUGUUCAUAUUUAUUUGCUCAUAUUUAUAAAUAUAAUAUCUUCAUCCGUGCCAUAACUUUUCCUUGCCGCAUCAAAUGAAGGGAUGUUCACACAACAUUCGACAUCCUCUAAUGAAGGAUUCUUACAAAAUAUAACCCCCGCCUCAGUGUCAUAACCACACAAAACUAUGUAAUGUCCUUGAUAAUCUUUUGUACGAUCAUUAUUUGAAAAUGGAAAUGUCGGGAGAUAUAUUGCAUUGUUUUCUUGACAUUGUUCAUAUUUCUUUGCACAAGAGUUGCAUGUGAGUAUGUUGGAGUCGACCAGUACAAUUGCAACGUUUCCUUCGUCCAACUUUGUAAGAAUAUCUGCCAUAGUUAUAGACCUGGAAAUGAGAUUAAUUAAACAAUUAAUUAAAUUUUAUUUACAUAAUAAUUCCAUAAUUACAUUAAGUAAACUAAAGUAGCAAUCAUAGUAUCUUAACUAAUUAAUAUUUAAUUGAGUAAUUGUU